AUGUCCAGCCAGAAACAGACCAAGGCGCCGGGCCAGACCCCGGCCCAGGGGCAAGAGCCGGACAAGCGAACAGCAGACGAAGUGGCGCGACGCCAUCGAGCGCAAUUGCGAUUCACCUACGGGAACAUGAUAUCCAAUGCGAAUCUGAAUCGCAUGCGCACCAAGCUCAAUGCCUCCGCGACAGACGCGGGACCCACCCACGCAGCCGUUGUGCAAGGAGGAGGCGAAGCGGCUGCCAAAAGAGCAUCCGGAGUAUCCUCGGAGGGAGCAGCUAAUCAAUCACUGCGUCGCAUCUCCUCCACUUUCGAGUAUGUGCGCAAUGUGAGGGCCGGCUGCUGCGAGGCCCUGCCCCACGAGGACAACGAUGCGGAUGGGCGCGAGGAGCGGGCCGAGGUGCUCAUUUGCAGCCAGAUGAUGCCCCAGGCACCAGCCACAGUCACAGCCAAGUCAGUGGAGAAGGAGAAGGAUAAGGAGGAGCCGCAGCUGGAUGGCUGGGACAGCUGCUAUGCAAGGCCACCGGGCUCAUCGCGUGCCGUUGAACGCUGGCAGCAGCUGAGCAGCACGGUGACGAAUCUGUUCAGUGCCCGCCACUUCGCCAACAGCCCGGAGUCGCCAGUGGCCAAGACGCGACGGCUGCGCGAGCAGCGCGAAAUGCUGCAGAUCUUCACCAGACCCUUCCUCGUGGAUCAACACAAGCGCGAAUAG